CGCACACUACCUACCCACGAUGCAGCGCGGUUGCAUACAACAUAGCCAUCUUGUCAAGAGUAACUGAGUGAGGGAGGUAACUGUUGGCGCUGUUUAGAUUCUCAUUUGUGUUAAAGCGUAAACAAUUAAGAGCAUUUUCUCUCUCGACCGCCGUUAGCUUCAAAGUAAGUGUCGCCCCCGAAUGACUUUAAGCUGGUGCGGUGAGUGGAUACAAAGGACUGCUUUCUGGAAGAUGUCUCGCAUACUUGUUCCGACGUAGGGGGAGUGUGCAGCAGCCAGUUGGCUUGACUUGCUAGCUAGCUCGGUGAGUGGAGGGCUGUGGGCCCUCCUCAGCCUAAAGUAGGUCCUGCAGCUGGGCAACACACUCUGCGACAACGGCCGUUUGGCAACUGCACAACCGCGACAUUAGCAGGCCGGUCCGGACUGACAGAAAGCUCCGGAUCAAUCAUCCUACGGGCUGCUGCUGGUAUCUAAAGCCGCAUUGCUGGACAAGACGACACGAAGUGUGGCGUUGCGUUAUGAGCUCAUGAAACGCAACAGGAGAUCGAGAGAGAGGAAGAGGGAUGGCGUAUAUUCAUCUUGAUUACAGUUAGCUAGGCUAAGUAAAAUCUAUAUGUAAUCGUCCUGUUUAGUAUGAUUUAAGCUUUAAGAAGCCGCAACCAGCUCGUUUCUUUCUGACGGAGGAUUAACAUAGCCACACGGGACUUGGAAUCAGGCUGUCAAUAUGUCGAAAAUGCCGGCCAAGAAAAAGAGCUGUUUUCAGAUCACAAGUGUGACUCAGGCCCAGGUGGCGGGUAUAGGUGCCGCCGACGACACUGAGAGUCUGGACGACCCAGACGAGUCACGGACUGAAGAUGUGUCGUCAGAGAUUUACGACAUGUCACGGGCUGAGUACGAGCCUGCAUGUGACAUUAGUUCAUCUGAAGAAGCCCUGAAUAAUGUUGGAGAGCCAGAGGCAAUCGGUGUUAUGGCGCCAUCACACAUACCUCAAGCCGGUCAGUUGUCUGCCAUGUCAGGCAAUAUCAUGGGGGAGUUUCGGAAGGUGGGAGUGUCGGGCUCAACUCAAGGUGGUCAGCAGCCUCCGGGGCACGGCGCUACAACUGGUGUAUCCCUCAUCGCUCAGCCUGGGGCAAUGCAGCAACAGCCUGCUCCAGCAGCCAGCGCUGGGCCAGCCAGCGGUCCAGUAAACUCAUCCCAACCUGCUGCAGUGACCAGUUCAGCUCCUCCUCCUGCCACCUCCACGGUGAGUUGCACUUCACGCUUCAGGGUCAUUAAACUCGAUCAUGGUACUGGAGAACCUUUUCGACGAGGCAGGUGGACGUGUACGGAGUUUUAUGAGAAAGACUCUGAGGGCUCUGCUGUUAGUAGAACUGGGGAUAGCAUUAGGCAUGCCAGUGCAACAACACUGGACCCUGCUGCAGACAGAGACAGUGGGCUCGGGCAUACAGGAGGAUCUGUGGUUGCCCCGGCAACACACUCAGGUCAGGGCUUGGGCUCUGUGGCGGAUGCUUCUCUCUCUUCAUCCCGCAUGCAUUUGGUGGAGAUGCCACCGCAGCAGCAACAGAUCCACCAUCCAAACUACAGCGCCACACAGAGUGUUUUCUCCAGCAGCAAGCCAACAGUGGGAGGUCUCCAGCCUUCUGCUCCCCAGAGCGUGCUGCCUCUCGGACAAAACGGCCUGCCUCAAUCUGUUGUCCACAUACAAAAGUCCCCCAUCAUGCCUCUUUCAGCUCAGCCCAUCGCUUACCCUCCCCUGCAACAGCAGGUUCCUAUAGGCCACCAGCUGACCAGCGUGUCUUCUGGAUUGCUACAGAACCAGACAGAGUACUAUCAGCAGCAACAGCCCACUUCCAUGCAGCCAGGGAUAUCCACUGGCCAGUCCCUUCCAGCGUCCAACCUCUCAGCAGGGCCACAGCCUGUGGGACAAGGACACACUUCGGUCUUGCCUCCAGCCUCUGGAGGGGCUUCUGUGCCAAGUCAGGUUGGAGAUGUUGCAGGAGCAGGAGGAGGGUCUGUACCUACCGGACAGCCAGCUCCAGGCCUCUUGCAGCAGCAGACCGGAGGAAUGGGAGGUGUCGGAGGCUCCAUACUGGUUGGUGGAUCUGCUUUGCAUCAGCAGGCUGUGAGUCAGUAUACAGCCACUGGACAGCCUCAACCCCACGGCCUCCACUCUACAUCCUCCGGUGUACAAAAUGUGCCUGCCGUCACAGUGAGCACCACUGUGCACACUCCUGUGCCCAGUGCCUCCAGUGCAGCCAUGCCAAAUGUGACAACCUCCAGUUUGCCUCCAGGUCAGAUACCCCACAGCAGGACUCUAGUGGCUUUGGGGGUGCAGGGCCUCCCAGCUACUGGAUUUGGACAUGCAGAGGGUGGUGUUGGAGGGAAGUCAGAGGGCCUCGUCAAUGCACAGUCUCCUGUUGUCUCUGGGAAGGAACCAGUGAAGUCCCUCAUGCCUGAGAGCCUGCAGCUCGCCACUCCGACUGUCAACAGCCUGUUUGGAAUCCACAUACCUGAUGACGGGGAUGUGGACAGGACCUCGGGAACCAAUGUUGCUGCCAUUGAUAAUAAAAUUGAACAGGCAAUGGACCUAGUGAAAAGCCAUCUGAUGUAUGCGGUGCGUGAAGAGGUGGAGGUCUUAAAGGAGCAGAUCAAGGAGCUGUUUGAGAGGAACUCUGUGCUGGAGAGGGAGAACGCCGUGUUGAAAUCGCUGGCCAACAGCGAGCAGCUGUCCCAGCUGCCCGCCCAGUCGGCCACCAGCUCCGGCACCACGCCCCCCCAGCAAGGACUCAUCCAGCCUCCGCAACAGGCCCAGCCUCCGCUUCAAGUUCAGCCUCAGCCGCAGUCACACGGCCAGCUCCAGCACCACCCCAAACCCCAGCAGCUCCAGACUCAGCUCGAUCCUGGCCAACAACAAAUGCAACCCAACGUCACCUCCGCUUGAAGUGCAUCAGCCAUGCUUCGCAUAGUGCAGGAAAAAAAAAGAAAAGCAUCUUCUCUACAACUUAUUACAGUUAGUUUAUGUGAAAUUAAAACGAAGAAAAAAAACCUUUUGUCUUCUUAGCCACCAGCUUGACCACAAAGUACAGUGUGUGUGUGUGUGUGUGUGUGUGUGUGUGUGUGUGUGUGUGUGUGUGUGUGUGUGUGUGUGUGUGUGUGUGUGUGUGUGUGUGUGUGUGUGUGUGGUGUGUGUGUGUGUGUGUGUGUGUGUGUGUGUGAGAAUUGAUGUUGGAAUGUGAGUGUGUAUGCAUCUGUACUGUGGGCCUUUCCAGUGUUAAUGCAAUCAUCGAGAGACAGAGAGACUUGGACAGAGAAAGUGUGUAGAGACAGAGUAUCGGGGAAGGUCGGGGUGUUUGUUUUCAUCUUGGCAAUGUUCCCGGAGUGGUCGACUGCUGGGUCCAAGCUCAUGGACAGGAUGUUCUUCUCUUGGACCAGGCCCAAGCCAGACCGGUUGCGACCUGACCUGAAACCUCAAACCGUUGGUGUUGGAAAGGGAGGGCUUCACCCCCACAUAAGGGACAAAAGGGCGUGAUUGUCAGAACAGAGUGAUUAUUUUUUUAAAUGAGAUAAUUGAGUGGGUAAAGGGGUAUUUUUAGCAUUGCUGUUUCAUGUUGUAAAGUAAGAAGUGAGAGAGUUUUCCGGAGCGCCACACCGCUGCCGUUACUUUUACAUCAAAUCCAACCCUUGCAUCAGUCUUUUGAGUUCUACUGUUAAGUGUUUUAUUUAUUACAGGGCUGCUAUUCUCAUAAAUGAACAAUUUCACAAAACCGGUUUAACAGUACCCCCGGUGACUUGUUUCCUCUUCUACAGUGUUUCAACAGAUUGGCCAUACUUCCCAAUGCUUUAAUUGUUAAAAGGGUAGGUGAAAAAGAAAAUCUGACAAAUGUUUAACACUAACUAAAAUUUUACGCUGCAAUUGCCAAUUCAUAGCUCAAGUCAAGGUCCAGUAUGAAUGUACAUUUGUGUAUAGUAUAAAGUAUUAAGAGCCUUAAUGGGUGACUCUUCGCCUGUUUACAUCAAAUCUUAACGAGAGCCUGCAGAAGGUAUUUGAUGAAGAUUCAAUUCUGUUGGUAGUUAUAUCUAAAAGUGAAUUAGUAUUGCCAUCAACCCCCCCUCCAUGUUUUUUUCUCCAAAUGUCUUUCCUGAGGGGGGGAGGGGGGGGAAGCUGUGAAAUCAUUCAACAUACUUUGUAACCAAAGAUGCAAAGCUGUGUAAAUUGAUUUUUAAAUGCACACAUGUAUUUCUUUCAUGUAUUUUUUUUUCUUUUGUUACUUCCUCCUUCACAAAAUAUUUUGUUGCUGUUCAGCAUGUUCUGCAUGAUCUGUAAUCUUCAAACCACUUUCUUACCUCAUUUUUAUUCAGCACUCUUAUUGUAAGAUAGUCUGUGAACAGUGUAAAUGGGGGGGAGGGGGGAUGAUGUGGAGCAGAGAGGAAAAAUAAUCUAGUGUUACAGACACUAGUCCCAGAAAAAUGAAGUGAGCCAUGUUUUGUUCAUUUAAAUGGUGUUUGAAUUUCAUAUGCCAAUAGUUUUGUUACAUUGCAAAUUUUAAUGUAUUUAAAUAAAAGCAAUACUCAGAUUCCGAAA